AUAUAUAUAAAAGGAAAGGAAACACAUAGUCUUGAACUGCUAAAAUCUGCCAUCGCCACUCAUUUCACUGACACUCUAACUCUAUCAUCCACUCACCAAUGAAAUCAACACACAUUUCAUCAAACUAACCCUAACAAUGGAUAAUCACCACUCUCAAAACGGUGCCGUUUACUCCACCGAACAAAAAAACCACCGUGACGCAAAAAAACCGAAACUCACUCACUUCAUUUCCGAUUCCGAACUCCGCCAUGAAUUCUCUCAUCACCAAACCGGCGUCGCGCGAAUCAACAACGGUAGCUUCGGAAGCUGUCCGCGUUCUGUUCUCGCCGCUCAAAAUUCAUGGCAGCUUUGUUUUCUUCAACAACCUGACGAUUUUUUCUUCAACAAACUCCGUAACGGAAUUCUUGAUUCUCGUUUGAUUAUCAAAGACCUAAUCAAUGCUGAUGAUGUUGAAGAUAUUUCACUUGUGGAUAACGCUACUACCGCUGCCGCUAUCGUUCUUCAGCAAAUCGGUAGAAAUUUCGCUUCCGGUGAAUUCUGCAAAAAUGAUACUGUUAUAAUUUUUCAUUGCGCUUAUCAAGCUGUUAAGAAAUCGAUUGAAGCUUAUGUUACUUCUGUCGGUGGCUCUGUUAUUGAGGUUCAGUUACCGUUUCCGGUUAACUCUGACGAGGAGAUUAUCACGGAGUUUAAGAAAGGACUUGAGCGUGGUAAAGUUAAUGGCGGAAGAGUUAGGUUAGCGAUAAUCGAUCACAUUACGUCGAUGCCUUCUGUUGUUAUUCCUGUUAGAGAGUUGAUUAGGGUUUGUAGAGAGGAGGAAGUGGAUCAGGUUUUUGUUGACGGUGCUCAUGCUAUUGGAAGCUUGAAAGUUGAUGUUAAAGAGAUUGGUGCUGAUUUUUAUGUUAGCAAUUUGUACAAAUGGUUGUUUUCGCCGCCUUCGGUUGCUUUUAUGUACUGUGAUAAGAAAGUGGGGAAUGUGCAUCAUCCGGUGGUUGCACAUGAAUAUGGGAAGGGUUUAGCUGCUGAGAGUGCUUGGGUUGGGAUGAGAGAUUAUAGUCCUCAGCUUGUUGUGCCUACAAUUUUGGAGUUUGUGAAUCGGUUUGAAGGUGGAAUUGAUGGGAUUAUGAAGAGGAACCAUGAAAUGGUUGUGAAAAUGGGGAUUAUGUUGAAGGAAGCUUGGGGAACGAAUCUUGGGUCGCCGCCGGAAAUGUGUGCUAGUAUGAUUAUGGUGGGUUUGCCUUCGAAGCUUCGUGUAAUGAGUGAUGAUGAUGCUUUGAGGUUAAGGUUUUAUCUUAGGGUUUAUCAUGCUAUAGAAGUUCCUGUGUAUUAUCAAGGAUUGAGAAAUGGUGAAAGGGUUCCUAGAGACAAGGAUGGGUUUAUAACUGGUUAUGUGAGGAUUUCUCAUCAGGUGUAUAACACUGUUGAGGAUUAUGAUAGGCUUAAGACUGCAAUUAUUCAGCUUUUGGAGGAUGGAAAAGUUUGCAGUGAACUUCCUAAAGAGUGAUCGAGAAAAAUGAGGUAUAGAAUAUAUAAAUAUUCUCCAUUUCUGACUUGUUUUUCGGUUUUGGAAUAGCUUUAGCCUCGGCAGGACAUUGUAUGAGUAUGCCCAUUUUUGUUGUUCUGUAUCAUCUUGUUUUUGUAACAAAAUAAGUGUAGACUGUAGUCCAGUUUUCUCGAAAAAUCUUAUAAAUGAAGUAUUACUAUAUAGUUACUUUGUUAGAUGUAACUUUGUAGUGCGGCCCAAUAAUCACUUUGAUUUGGUUUCCAUAUUGACUAUAGUAUGAUCGUACUUAUAUAAUGCAGAAGAAUGAUAUGUUUUUUUGUA